AUGUCAGAUCCAACCGAUCAAUCAACAACAACAACAACCACAACAACCAGUAGUGCAGCAGCACCUACUGAUACAACAACCACAACAAAUGAUCUUACGAUGAAUGAACUCGAGAGCAAUAAUGAUAAUGAUUCAAUCCCAUCAACCUCUAUGUUGUUCACGGACGUUACUCCCAACAACACUCGUCCUGAUCCACUCCCAUCCGAUUUAUUCAAAUCUACUCUGGCUGCUUCCAAAUUACCGAUCUCCUCUGCUGUCGCUCCAAGCCAGUCGGAUAACAAACAUAUUUUAUAUUAUUACUCCGAAUUGUGGUAUAGUUGA